UCGUACAAAUACUCGCGGCAGGUGAAUCCUACCGACUCGAUGAUUUAACAUGAGAUAAUGACAAGCCGAGUCGGAACCCAACCUAACCUAGCCUAACCUAUUCUAACCUAACAUCGGCGUCAAGUCAAGUCCGCGGUAUCUAUUAUUAUCAGGAUUAUUAAUAAGGUCGUACAAAAGUCAGAACGUUGAUACUUUGUAUAUGAUUUCCGUUAUCAGUUUACAUUUUAAGGCUAAAAUCAGGUAUCAAUUGUUACAAGGCUUCUUAUUCGAUCCCUAUCACCCGACCCUCGCGUGGUGCCGCCGAUGAUAUAUAUAUAUAUAUCAUAUACAGACAUCCGAUUUAUCAUUCGCGAUACUCAUUCGCAAUUCGCAUGCGUGCAUCGCAUCGAUGCAGCCAAUCUGCAUCGCGCACAACCGCCAAACAGUCGCAGAUUGAUCGUGACGUAAAGAAUUACAACGAGCGUGCAAUUGUUGUCUUAACGUUUAUUCGGGAGCCUCUUCAAACAAUUAGAUUGUGAAACGACAUGCGGAUACAAACUCCUUCUCAUCCUACGUCAAAAGGCUGCUGCAGCUGGGGAUUUCAACCUUGUGCUUAUCAGAAAUAAAUUGAUAUCAAGCAUCGCGGUGGAGCGCAGAAGAGCCGUAGAACAUUGCGUACAUUCUUUUAAUUAUACAAAUUAAUUAUCGUUAUCCGUGACAUUUUAAACGAUUGCAAGUCAGCCAGCAUGCUGGACCUCAGCCAUGAUCUUGAUUCGAUAGACGAUGCGGAGGAGGUAGAAGAGCUCGCCAUGACGUCCCUAGCUAAACUUGUCUUUGUCGACACUCAUUCGAGAAGCAACCAGAACGGUGCUGCUGAAUCUGAGUCUGACGAGGCGCUCUCUUUAGCUUUUGAAAAUUUGUUUCAUAUGCCAUUCGACAUUAUAGAAACCUAUGGCAGCACUCUCAGAACUCUAGAUAUCAGCUAUAACGAAUUUAGUAGAAAUCUCCACUUCCUGGCUGAAUUUGAUAAUGUGACGUCGCUAAAUCUUGACCAUAACAACAUAGACUCAUACACGAUAUUUCCGCCGAUGCCAAAGCUCCAACUGCUCUGGUUGAAUCACAAUAAAAUUGAAGAUUUGUAUCCAUUUGUGAAAAACCUUCACGCCAGUGUGCCGAAUCUUCGCUACCUAUGCAUCAUGGGCAACAAGGCAGCGCCGAGUUAUCUGAAUGGUGGAUCGUUUUACGAAUACCUACAAAGCAGACUGUUCGUGAUAUCAUGGUUUCCACAUUUGGUGCAUUUGGACGACAGAGCCGUGACACCUGAGCAAAGAUUGGAGGCCAAGAGGCUUUUUAAAAGGCCACUCUUCGACCAAAUAGCUGAAACGACACAAGUUCCAGAGUGUCUCAAGCACUUGCACAACAAAAUGUCGAGCAUAUUCUCUAAACCUACGCUGCCAGUAACGUCCAAACUUCCAAAAGGUCCUAAUUUUGUUAUUUAAUCGAGUAUUAAAAGUUUUCAUAUCGAAAACCUCGCCGGUUUUUAUAU